AUGUCUCUUGAUCCUUCAGGCGCACCACCCCAACCAGGUGAGAACGAUGUCGCUACCGCCAUCCUUCGCCCCAAGAAAUCCCCAAACCGCCUCAUUGUUGACGAAGCAACCUCCGACGACAACUCGAUCGCAACCCUUAACCCCCAGACAAUGGAGGCACUCCAAUUAUUCCGAGGUGACACAAUUAUUGUUCGUGGCAAGAAACGCAAGGACACUGUCUUGAUUUGCUUGAGCUCCGACGACGUAGACGAAGGAAAAAUUCAAAUGAAUAAAGUGGCUCGCCACAAUCUGCGCGUCAAACUUGGCGAUUUGUGCACUGUUCAGCCAUGUCAUGAUAUCAAAUAUGGUAAACGCGUGCAUAUACUGCCGUUUGAUGAUUCCGUCGAAGGGCUUGCUGGAAACCUUUUCGAAGUCUAUCUCAAGCCUUAUUUCCUGGAAGCAUAUCGACCAGUUCGAAAAGGAGACACUUUUCUCGUCCGCGGAGGGAUGCGUACUGUGGAAUUCAAGGUCAUUGAAACUGAUCCUGCCGAGUUUUGUAUUGUUGCGCAAGACACCGUCAUUCACGUUGAGGGCGAGCCUGUCAAACGCGAGGACGAAGAGAGCAAUCUUGCCGACGUAGGGUACGAUGAUAUUGGUGGCUGCCGGAAACAAAUGGCCCAAAUUCGCGAACUUGUGGAGCUGCCGCUUAGGCACCCGCAACUCUUCAAGUCGAUCGGUAUCAAACCCCCACGCGGUAUUCUCAUGUUUGGACCACCCGGAACCGGUAAGACCCUUAUGGCAAGGGCGGUGGCCAACGAGACCGGUGCCUUCUUUUUCCUGAUAAACGGCCCGGAAAUCAUGAGCAAGAUGGCUGGUGAAUCCGAAAGUAAUUUACGCAAAGCCUUCGAAGAGGCCGAAAAGAACUCUCCCGCGAUUAUUUUCAUCGACGAGAUUGAUAGCAUUGCUCCUAAACGUGAAAAGGCACGACCGUUCGCACGACCUCUGGAGCGUCGAGUUGUCUCUCAAUUGUUGACACUGAUGGAUGGAAUGAAAGCCCGAUCAAACAUUGUGGUGAUGGCGGCCACUAACCGUCCGAAUUCUAUUGAUCCGGCCCUUCGUCGCUUUGGCCGAUUCGAUCGUGAGGUUGACAUUGGCAUUCCUGAUCCUACUGGCCGCUUGGAGAUCCUGCGCAUUCACACCAAGAAUAUGAAGCUUGCAGAUGAUGUUGACUUAGAGCGAAUCGCUGCUGACACACACGGUUAUGUCGGAUCCGAUAUUGCUUCAUUGUGUUCGGAAGCCGCAAUGCAACAAAUCCGCGAGAAAAUGGAUCUUAUUGACCUUGAUGCAGAUACUAUUGACGCUGAAGUGCUUGAUGCCCUUGGUGUGACAAUGGAUAACUUUAGAUUUGCGCUGGGCGUCUCCAACCCAUCUGCGUUGCGAGAGACGGUUGUGGAGGUCCCCACUGUCAAAUGGUCGGAUAUCGGUGGUCUCGAAAAGGUCAAGCAGGAGCUACAGGAGACCGUACAAUACCCUGUGGAACAUCCAGAGAAAUUCCUUAAAUAUGGGAUGUCUCCCUCUAAGGUGUACUCUUCUACGGUCCCCCGGGUACUGGCCAAUUUCAUUAGUAUCAAGGGACCGGAGUUGCUCACCAUGUGGUUUGGAGAAUCGGAAGCCAAUGUUCGUGAUGUAUUUGACAAAGCCCGAGCUGCCGCACCGUGUGUUAUGUUCUUUGAUGAGCUGGACUCGAUUGCAAAGGCGCGUGGGAGCAGCGGAGGCGACGCGGGAGGUGCUGGCGACCGUGUACUGAAUCAGAUCCUGACCGAAAUGGACGGAAUGAAUGCCAAGAAGAACGUGUCGUCUGGACCAGCUUAUUUACAUUCCCUUCCUGAUGAACCUUCUCGCAUAUCGAUCCUCAAGGCAGCGCUUCGUAAAUCACCUGUUUCUCCGAAAGUUGAUCUCAAUUUCUUGGCCAAGAGCACUCAUGGAUUCUCUGGAGCGGAUUUGACGGAGAUUUGUCAACGUGCAGCAAAACUGGCCAUCCGAGAAAGUAUCGAUGCCGAUAUCCGUCGUAUUCGCGAGCGUCGCGAGAAAGAGGACGGAGGAGACGCUGAAAUGGAAGACGAGGAGGAUCCCGUACCGGAAAUCACAAUUGAGCAUUUUGAAGAAGCUAUGAAAUUCGCUCGUCGCUCAGUCUCAGACCAGGACAUCCGUCGGUAUGAGAUGUUUGCACAGAACUUGCAGCAGUCUCGUUCAUUUGGAUCCUCCUUCAAGUUCCCAGAGGGUGGUCCCGGUGCUGCUGGUACUCAGCCUGCAUCUGGCGGCGCCGCAUUUGCCACAGACGAUGCUGGAGAUGACGAUCUCUACGCAUAA